ACCAGCCCUCGCAGUUGUAAACAUGUCGGCUCUGAGGUCUGCCUCCGCUCGUUCCCAAUCCUCCCAAACGAAGACCGUUCCCGCCCGUGCUCCGCCACCUUCCAAUUCCUCUGUGGAGGAUCACUUUUUCUGGACGUAUACGGAAGAACCACAUAAGUCGAGGCGCCAGGCGAUCAUUAAAGCGCACCCAGAGGUUCUCAAAUUAUGUGGCCCUGAGCCGCUCACGAAAUACGUCGUCCUAGGCGUCGUCUCACUUCAGGUUGCCUGCGCAACCUUCCUACGUAAUACGCCGAUACUCUCAUGGCGUUUCCUCCUGACGGCGUACCUUAUUGGGGCCACUGCGAAUCAGAACCUGUUUCUCGCUAUCCAUGAGAUAUCGCAUAAUUUGGCAUUUAAGUCCCCAUUGGGAAAUAGAUUGUUGGCUAUCUUUGCGAAUUUUCCAAUUGGAUUGCCAUAUAGCGCUGCAUUUAGGCCAUAUCAUUUAACCCAUCAUAAGUCCCUCGGUGUUGCAUCCCUCGAUGCAGAUCUUCCGACAGCCCUGGAGGCAGUGUUCCUUGAUUCAAUCCUAGGAAAAGCGUUCUUUUGCACGUUUCAGAUCCUCUUCUACGCAGUCCGUCCCAUGUUCAUCUAUACACCUACAUUCACACCCAUACACUUGCUGAACAUCAUUGCGCAAUUUACAUUCGAUUUUGCUCUCUACAAAUUCUGCGGCUCGUCCAUGCAGCCAAUCUAUUAUCUUCUCCUUAGUUCGUUCCUUGCAGGCUCCUUGCACCCCUGUGCUGGUCACUUUAUCGCGGAACAUUACUUCUUUUCCAAUACAUCCGGAGGAACCGAGUCCAUCGAAGAACAACGGGCGAUGAAGUCGGGGAAGAAAGGUACCAACACUUCCUCUUCCUCAUCCCCAUUGGACUCGCUCUCUCCACCCGAAACAUACUCCUACUACGGACCCCUUAAUAUCUUAACCUAUAACGUCGGCUUGCACAACGAACAUCACGAUUUUCCAGCUAUCCCUUGGACUCGGUUACAUACUCUCCAGAAAAUCGCAAAGGAGUUCUAUGAACCGCUACCAUGCCAUCGAAGCUGGGUGUGGGUUAUUUGGACGUUUAUCUUCGAUAAGAACGUGGGCAUGUGGUGCCGAGUGAAAAGGGCCGAAGGAGGUAGAAUGGUCGGCGGGAGUGGUUGGAAGGAGAGCGAACUCCAAAACUGAAUUUGUUUUGGAGAAGAAAAGUCUAUACGCCUUCUUUUCUUCCUCUACAACCAUUUCUUAUCUACAAUUUCUUUUCUUUUUUUUUUUUUUCUUGCUUUAUAAAAUCUAUCCGAAUAUGUCCUCGAUCUCUUCAUAUGGCAUUCUCGGAGUUUGCUUGAUACUUUAAUACUUAAUAUCUGUUUUAUAAUGUUCCCCUCUCAUAUAUCAGGGCUGGAUUUCUGGCUACUCUUAUUUGUCACAAUACAUUUUGACCCUCCGUCUGGGGAAUAUGAUCCCACCCAGACAGAUUAAGAUAUCAUGUCUUGGCUUGCUUAUAUCUGGGUUCUCAAGUACAGUUUCCUUUAUUAGUGCAUACAUACUUGUUCGCAGCCAUUUAUAUGUACGGUCCUUAGCUGUACGCGUGUCUCCUUCGGUCUUGUUUGAACUCGGAGUUAUUUAAAUGAUUGGGUCAAUUAUCUACCUGCUUUCCGAUGUGUAAAUACCUAACAUAUAAUAAUAUGAGGUAGUGAGGAUAGAAAGAGCAUCUUUUAAGCAUAUACUCCUAUCGCAUGGUUCGUAUCACAUUGAGCAAGAGAAGGGAAAGGAAGAGGGUGAUAGUUUUGGGGGGGGGAAUUUGGUUGGCGCCAUGAGACAUGUAUAUGAAACAAAGGAGAAAUGAAAUGGGAAAUAAAAGAGAGCAGAGGUACCAAAUAUGCUAGGACAGAGGAGCCCUGUAUUGAAAGGGUGUUAGCCAUUAAUAGGUAGAAAACGCGGUACAAAACUCCCAAGGGCCAACCAAUUGUGGAAAAGGAGGAUGUUGACAUAAAACAAAGGAACAAACACGUAAGUUGACAACCACAAAAAGUCGGGGACACAUUGCUGAUAGAUAAACGGGUGGCUGAGGGGCGGUCAAAACCGCCAUAUAUGCAACAUUGAAUGGAGGAUGGACACGCUAGUCAGGGCACUCGUAAUGGGGGUGAAGACCGCAAAGAAGAAAGGAAAAUAAAUAAGGGAGGGUCAAUAGCGGGAUUUAACGAACUGGUGGAGAAAGCAGUUCGUAACAAUAUUAAGCAUGUGAUAACCUAAAAGAAGACGUAUGCCAGGAGGAAACUUAUUAGGCAGAGACCUGCAACCACCUGCAACGGGACGCCCGCUUCAGAAGAUGGAUGCGAUUGUUGUUGUAUGGUAGCAAGUUCUGGUGAAUUACUGGCUGCAGCUGGCACUUUCCUCCGCCGUAUUUCAUUUUCAGCAAGCUGUUGUUUCAGCUGCUGAAUUUGAGCUCUGGCUUCUUGGAGCUGGGACUUGAGAUCCUCGUACGAUCCGGAAAAUGCUUCUGACUUCACGUCUUCUGCAGCAUGUUUAAGUGCCUCUGGGGCACUAGGCUCGGAGGAUCCUGAUUUAAAGUUGGGGGGCUCAAUGGGAGGCUCCAUGAUGACUGGAGCUGCACGGGUGGGCAUCGAUGGUGUCUCGAACUUCGCAUUUGCGGGAGACGUUUGUAAAUUA